ACGCAAUUAGCUGCUGCUAACGAUCAAAUAACGAACAUUAGAGGAAAUCAAAUACCAGCAACACAAAAUAUUGGAACACCAAGCUCUACCUCCAACAAUAUAUGCGGAACUACAAAUUUCCCAGUAUAUUUGAUUUAUGGAGGAAAAAAAAAUACACCUGGCUCAUGGCCAUGGUUGGUACCAAUAUUUAAAAGAAAACAAUCGGGAGAACAAAAAUACAUUUGUGGUGGUAAUAUUAUUGCUCCACAUGCUAUAAUAACAGCUGCACAUUGCGUUAUUGACAAUGGAAGAGUAAAUAGAGCCCAAGAUGUUCUUAUCGGUUUAGGAAUAUACAAUAUUUUUAAUUGGAAUCAACCAUAUACUCAUAUAUCAAGAGCCAGUAGAAUAAUACCACAUCCUGAAUAUAGUGUGAAAUCUAUAUAUGAUGCAGAUAUUGCAUUAAUAUUUUUAGAUAAAUCAUAUAGUUAUAAUCAUCUGAUACGACCAGUUUGUAUAUGGAGUGGAUCAAGUGAUUUAAAUUAUGUUAUAAAUCGUAAUGGUAGAGUUGCUGGAUGGGGACAAUCUAAAAUAAGUGGUGGCAGAGUAGCUGAACCAAGUAUAAUUAAUGCACAAAUUGUUUCUAGUGAAAAAUGUCUUCGUUCCAAUGAAGCAUUUAGUAGUAUUACAACAUCAAGAAAUUUUUGUGCUGGUUAUCGUGAUGGUAAAGGUCCAUGUAAAGGUGAUUCUGGAAGUGGAUUAAUGAUGGAUUUAGCUGGUAGAUGGCAUUUAAGAGGUAUAGUUUCUGGCUCCUUACAACAUGCAGUAACUACUUGUGAUUUAAGAGAAUAUGUGGUAUACACUGAUGUAGCACAAUUUAUAAAUUGGAUACAUUCAUACAUACGUUAA